AUGCCAGUCACCGCACCCUCACCACCCAUUCUCUAUUCGUUCGCGUCCCCCACCGAGCUCUGCGAUGCGGUCGCGGACUUCAUACUAAAGGCCCAGAAAGAAGCCAUCGACAAGAAGGGCAGGUUUUCGGUCGCUUUAUCCGGUGGCUCGCUGCCUCAACAGCUCAACGCUCUGAUCAACAAGCCCGGCGUGAGGUGGGACAAGUGGCAAGUCUUCUACGCCGACGAGCGUGUCGUCCCCCUCGACCACCCCGACUCCAACCACAAACUCUGCACAGACGAGCUCUUCUCGAAAGUGCCCAUCCCCAAGGAUCACAUACACACGAUCGACCCCUCGCUCGCCGACGACCUCGAGGAGCUCUCGGACGCGUACGAGAAGGAGCUCAUCCGCGAAUUCGCGCAGAAAGACUCCGCCCGCUUCCCCAUCUUCGAUCUCAUCCUCCUGGGCACCGGCCCGGACGGCCACACCGCGUCGCUCUUCCCCGGCCACCCGCUCCUCACGGAGGAGGAUCGCUGGGUCGCGUACAUAGAGGACAGCCCUAAGCCACCCGCGAGGCGCAUCACCUUCACCUACCCCGUCAUCAACCACGCUGCGCGCGUCGCCUUCGUCGCGAGUGGUGCGGCCAAGGCAGAUACCCUGCAGACCGUUUUCGACAAGCCCGAGGAGGGCCUCCCUGCGUCCAGAGUGCGGCCUUCGCACCCAGGCCAGGUCUACUGGUUCGUCGACGAUCCGGCCGUUUCGAAGGUGCAGUUCCCAAGAACCCCAUUCAAACUCUGA